AAUGAUUAUGUGCUCGGCCCAGCUUGUAAUUCAUCGCAUCAAUACUCAAAAAUUAGUGUUUUACGCCAAUUUCCACUAAAUCGUCAACUUUUUACUAAACAGGUUAAAAAAUUUAUAGUAUCCAUUCGAAAUGAUUGGAGGACUUGGGAAGAUGAGGCUGAACAGGAAAUUCUUUAUGCUUAUGGAGAGAAUAAUAUGAUUUUUAUGAUGCUUUUUGCAGGACACGUAUUAGCGAUAUUGGUGGUAUUUGUGGGAGUGCCAUUUAGUCCAAUAAUCUUGGACUUUUUAGUUCCCUUAAAUGAAUCUCGUCCAAAGCAGUUUGUGUAUCCAGUGACUUUUUGGUUUGACACGGAAAAAUAUUUUCAUUUUACUCUAAUUCAUGGUUGUAUAACAGGCACAAUUAUUGUUAUAUUUCUCGAGAGUUCCGAGGCAAUGUAUGCCGUUUUUACCCAUCAUGCUUGUGCCCUAUUUGCAAUUAUUAGCUACAGAUUCAAAAAUGCACUAAAUUUUAUCGAGAACAAAAAAUUUAGAGACGAAAAAGAAGCUGAAAUUGAACUAUACGAAAUUAUGUCUUUAACAGUCAAAUUGCAUUCUUCGUACAUUGACUUUGCAAAUGCAUUAGAGGACUUUUUCUCUCCCAUUAUGUUUAUUUCGGUAGGAUUUUAUACACUGUCCGCAAGUUCCAUAGGUUUUCAGGCGUUAAUAUCCCUUGGACAAUUGGAUAAAACCAUUCGAUUUAGUUUUUCCGCCAUUGGAAUAAUGUUUCAUCUUUUUAUUCUCACCUUACCAGGUCAAAAAUUGCUCGAUUGCAGUUACGAUGUUGUACAAAAUGCAUAUGACUCUUCCUGGUAUCAAAUGCCAAUUAGAGUGAAAAAAUUAUUAUUAAUGAUAACAAUGAGAGGACAUGUGCCUUGUAAAGUGACAGCUGGCAAGAUUUAUGUAGUGAAUAUGAUUACUUUCUCUGCUUUGUUGAGGACAGCCGUCUCUUAUUUGACUAUGUUCAUAUCAAUACGUUCAUGAUCUACAGUUCAAAGAAAAAAUAAAAGAAAUUGUAGAAAACGUUUUUAUUAUACGGCCUGCCUCCACAAAGUGUCAUGAGUUUUAAUACUUACUUUUGCCAAAAUUAUGCAAACAGACUCACAAUCGGAUAUUUUUGAAAGCUCC